UGCGGAAAUAGACUUAUUUUAGCUGGAAUGAACUGUGAGAUUUAGCAUACACGGGUGCUUUUCCGUCCGCUCUGCAGUAUAAAGCUAGCCACGGACCAAAGCCCGCGUAACGCCCAUUUAAUCUUUUUGUAACAGAGGGUUGUUCUGCACAAGAGUGAAUCGCAAAUCUUAGAUUGCCCCAAAUGGGAAAUUGAGAUUGCAAAUUACUUGUAUCAAAUUACCCACCAAAGUAGUUGUAUCAAGUUACCUAUCAGAAAUAGUUGUAUCACAUUACCCCAUAUCAACUAAGAAUAAUAGCAAUAGUAUCAUACACAGUCUGUAUGUACUUAUUAAUUGAACCAUAAAUAAAUCAGUUAGUAUUAAUAUAAAAUUAACCAAUUGAAGCUAACUACGGAAUUAUUUAUAAUACCAUAGAGCUUUAUGCCAAGAAACUGGUGCACAUUAAUUCAAGUUGCGCUACACUUAACAUACACACACUCAUAAAUUAACCAACGUGAAUUUACAACUCACACACCUCAUAAGAAUUUACUUACGAAUAAAAACACAUGUAUUUGCAUGAUUUGUUUAUGUUGGAUUUUGAAAUUCGAUAAUUGAAUUGAAAUGGUUGUCUAAAACAUACGAGAUUUUAAUGGAAUUAUUCAACUUAAAGUUUCAUAAGUAUUUUGUUGGUUGUAUAUGUAAGAAGUCGUUUCUAAUUUGUUAAAAGUUGAGUUAUUGGUAAUAAAAAAUCUGGAUAAAUGUGAGGUAGAUUGAGACAUACAAUGAUGAUUUGUAUAUAAAAUCAUCCAAUUCGUAAUAAUGUAAUGGUUUAUCGCUGUAAAAUGUAAAAAAGAGGUGUAUUGAGACAACUACUUAUAUACACAAUUAAAUUAUGAUAAUUGAAUUUUCUCAAAUAUUUAAUAUUACUUUAAUGGAAUCACUUGCUCAAUAUUUCUAUACAAUACUCGUCGUGCUCUGCUCACAAUAUUGUGCGAGUUUUACGAAUAAUUAUUAAUAGGUAAUAAUAAUGUAAUUAUGAAUAACUAAUAUCCUCCAAUUUAUGUAUCUUCGCAGGUCCUCGAAGUCAUUUUCCCCCACCUGGACCACGCCUCCCUGAAAGCCUGCAGCCAAGUAUCCUCUCUCUGGUCCGUCAUGGCCACCCCUCUGCUCCGAUCUCGCUCCUAGAUCCACCUUGAAGGCCCCCUCCACGACGACCGAAGUGACGCCUUCCUCUCAACCCUCACCCCCACCGAUAUCCUGCCCAUGGCCAGCUUGACCUACAACCUCCACCACACCUCGACCCCCUUCCUGUCCGAAAGAGCGUCCAUCGCCCCCAACGCGACCACCCUGGGCACCGACUUCUCUCUUUGUGGGGGUGAAACCUUCACCUACUUUCUCAUGACGUUGAGAGACUCCAAGAUUUCGGGCCAACUGACCAGCUUCUCCCUCAGCGGUGGACCACUCGAUAAGGUGGCGAUGAACAUUUUGAACUCCAUGACCUUCCUCAGACUCACCUCGCUCAAGAUCAAUACCCUCAUGACGGCCCAAGUGCAGACCGAAUUUGUCCAGUUUUUGCAAAAGUUGAGCCCAACGCUGCAAAAGUUUGUCAUGUUUGGCGACAAACGGGGGAAAUAUGGGUUGCAGGGGAGAAUGGCGAGGUAUGAGGAGGGAUUUACGAUGGAUUUCCCCCUCAUGCCCAAACUCAAGGUGUUCGAGCAUCAGAAUUAUGAAGGCUUGCGACUUGGGAGUGAAGACUUUCUGCAAAGGUUGCCAAAUUUGGGGGAGUUGGUGAUUUGCGACUUUCAACCCUCGUUGGGAGAUAUGAUGCUGUGUCCACAGCGCGUGUGGGGGACCAUGUUCAGUCCGAACAUUUACAAAAGAUCACGCCGAAUUACGCCAACGUCCAUGUCAAGAAGGUGGUUCUUGAUGUCGUCUUUGUCCCCUCGUAUGAAAAUCUGGGCUCGAUGAAGAAACUGCUAAAAAUGUUUCCAAAUGUGGAAGAGUUGGAGCUCACUAUCAGUUUCGCGUAUCAGAACGUGUACGUGGGUCAAGUUUUGGACAUCUUGGCCAAAUCUAAGGUCAAGAAGCUCAAGAUCAAGUUUAUGCAGUGUGCUGAACUCAGAUCUGAGAGGGUUGCGGCUUCAUUUCAGGCAGCAUUGGCGAAUUAUUUGCCCAAAUUUUCUGAACUGCAGCGGCUCGACUUUAUCUUGGACGAUAUGCCACCAAUGUCAAGAUUCAACUUGCCACUUUACAUUGUCAAAGGGAUGUUAUGCACGAGGUCGUUGAGCGUCCUUAAUCUGACCGGAUUUUGCAUUGGGGAGGACCUCCAAGAGACGGAAAUGUGUCGCCAGCUCUUAGAUGACAAAUUGGCCCAGUGGAAAAUUAGCGAGAGUUUGAUGCCUUAUUCAAAUUUUAGUCAUUUCGAGUAUUAGUUAUUUAGUUAUUAUUUGCUACGUAUUAAUCUUUUCGUAUUUGUUUUUAUUUUUUUAUUACUAUUUUUUUUACUGAUUACGCUAUAAGUGAAUUAUUAAACAUGUUGGUUUCAUGGUUAGGAAUUUUACAUACAUAAUUUUACAUAAUUGUACAUAUUUUGUAUAUCUGACAGAUUUACAAAAUAUAUACAAAAUUCCUAUCCUAAAUUCCAAAGAUGUCAAACCAGAUAGUAUCUGUUUUGCCAUCUUUGUAUACAUUUCGUGAAAAUCGAAUUAUUUUUUCGUGCUUGUUUUUAUUUUUUGACUUACCAUAUAAUUAAAUUGUUAGACAUAUUACAUAUUAAUUUCAUAGGUUAGAAAUUUUGUACUUAUUUUAUAUAUCUUGACAUUGUAAAUAUUUAGUGACAAUCACCUAAGAAUAAACUUA